GACCAGCUCGAUCUGCUGCCGACCCCCGAUCUGCACACAGCGUAUCAGCCCGCCCCACGAUCGAGCCCGGCAUCUCGCUGCUGUAACGGUGUCUGAACACGCCCAGACCGCCUCAGCUGCCUCGCAUCGACCUGCUACCGAACACUUGAAGCACACCAACCAAGAUCACAGACCUGCCCAGUCAGCCAGACCAGUCAUGAUCUCCUCAGUCUCAUCCAGGGUCGGGUUCUGGACGGCGCGAGCCCUCUCCACGGCCCAGAAAUCUGCCUACAUCGCCCAAGCCCCUUCGCUGUAUUCGAUCAGUCGAUUAAUGUCAUCAGAAGCGACUAAAACGGAAUCGCCGGCGACUGCCAAGGAUAGUGCCGAGUCGGCCAUUGGGGCAUCGUCAUCAUCCAGCAAACAAGCCGAGACCGGGUCUGCCACUCAGUCACCAAAGGAUGCUGUCGAAGGACAAAUCGCUGAGGCACCAAAGGGUCGCCAGUCCCCAACGGCGCGCAGGAAGAACAAGUCCCUGCUGCCUGCUAUCGAUAACGUUGGUCAAAAUGCUUAUGGAUGGCAAAAUAUCUCACUGCCCGAGCCCAUCACAAUACCGACUGUUGCCGAGCCUGAGGCAAAGCACAACGAUCUGGUGUGCAAGCUCGAGUUCAGAGGAUUCAUGCCCGAUCACCUUGACUUCGUCAGCUACUUUGCCCGAUACUCGGCGCACGUUGCUGGUAUCCCGUGUGAUCCCGUCAUCCAUCUCAGGACAAACACCCAGCGAUGGGCCGUCAACAAAGGUCCGUUUGUUCACGCCAAGACGAAGGAGCUCUUUGAGCGGAAGACCUACAAGCGCCUGCUGCAGCUCUACGACGCCUCGCCAGAGACCAUUGAGCUGUUCGUGGACUACAUCAACAAAAGCCUACCCGCGGGCGUGGACAUGAAGGUGAUUCACUACGAGUGGCAGAAGCUGGGCUUCGUCAGCGACUGGAAGCUGACUGCCCAGGAAGCCGAAGAGGUGCUCUUCCAGGACCGGGUUGCCGCCAAGAGCAACGAGCUCCUUGCGGAGAUGAUGAAGCAGAAGGGUGGACAAAAGAAGAGCCCGGCCAAAGUUGAGAGCUCUGGCAAGAAUGCCGAGACCUCUGGCAAGAAGGCCAAGGCGUCCAAGUGAGCAAUGCACAUGAUCAACCACGGCGAAUGAGGCCGACACAGCUGCAAUACAGAAUCUGACAUUGAAGAAC